CAAUUGCCUAUUUAAAGGCUUUUACUAAAAAGACGUAGAUUGUAUCAUUGUUGUGUGGUGAAUUGGGACAGGGGCGGGUCCUAGCGCCGUUGGUUUGCAUAUCACGUGACCGUGCUUCAACAAAUCAACAAUUACCGACUUUUAUUCUUUUAGGGAUAAAAUAAAAUCGCUUGUAAGAAUUGCUUGGGUGAGUUCCUCAGAAAUGUGUGAGCACAAUUUCCUUAGUGCUGGCUAUGUUAGUUCCACGUUAAAUUAUCCAACUUCGGAUUCGUUGCAUUUUUCCAACUGGCCCAAUGGCGCCCAUCCAUCCGGACUCGCUCCGCUCUACGGCAGGAGAGAGGUGUGUUCACUCCCGUGGACUUCCCCAAGUUCGUGCCCAAGCCCGUCACAGAGCUUCGGCUUUAGUGGCUUUUCUCAGCCGUUUAUUACAAACUCACUGGCUGCGAGUGGCCAUAGGAAAGGAGAUUCCUGUAAAUACGACGUCCAAGAUGCAAACCUGAAAGCACAUUUACCGGACAAGCACACGACAGCGUUUACUGGUGAGCAUGGGAUAACAACAACUGUCAGCUUUAGCAAAUGUGAAUUUUCUGACUUGGACAAACGGUUGCAAAACACGGUGACACAGGCUGAGAGAGUCAAUGGCUCUGAACAGCUUGCACACCCCACUGCCCCAGCACAGCCCACACCGAGCUCUCAAAACCCCAGCACAGCUUUAACAGACGGAUUCCCUUGGUGUCCUGCCCAAGUGAGAGCCAGAAAGAAGAGGAAACCUUACACUAAGCCACAGCUGGCUGAACUUGAGAAUGAAUUUAUGAUCAACGAAUUCAUAAACCGACAGAAACGGAAAGAGCUGUCAAAUAGACUGGACUUGACUGAUCAACAAGUAAAAAUCUGGUUUCAAAACAGGAGAAUGAAAAAGAAACGCUUAUUAAUGCGUGAGCAUGCUUUCUCCUUGCACUGAAAAAAAAAAAUCAGUGUUACUGUUAUUGUUGACCACAACAAUCAUGUUGCUUCAUAAUUUAGCAAUGAUUUGCCAAGUGAUUCAAGGAGUUUAAUACAUCUAUUGUUUUUAUACCAUCACAUGGACAGGUUGACAGAAUUUACAAUGUUUAUUCACUGGUCUUUGAUUUGAUUCCCAGAAAAAUGUAAAAUUAGUGGUCUAAAUAAUAACGCGUUAUUUGUCGUGAUUCAUUAAAUAUAAUUUGAAAAUGCAA